CUGGAGGUGUGGAAGCUGUGACUCAGUCUCUAGCUGUUUCUCCCUUCCCCGAAGAUGACCCUGGAGACAGUGCCGAAGGCUCUGUGGCAUCUGCGGGCAUGUCUGCUGUGUUCGCUGGUCAAGACUAUAGCCCAGUUUGAAUACGAUGGAUGUGAUCAUUGUGAUGCAUAUCUACAAGUGAAGGCUAACAGAGAAAUGGUAUAUGACUGCACCAGCUCUUCCUUUGAUGGAAUCAUUGCAAUGAUGAAUCCAGAGGACAGCUGGCUCUCCAAGUGGCAGCGAGUCAGUAACUUUAAGUCAGGUGUAUAUACCGUGUCAGUCACUGGUCACCUGCCCCAAGGAAUUGUACGGGAGCUAACAAGUCAAGGAGUGGCCUACAAAUCCUAAAGACCUAGCAAGAUGCAGGACUGCUGACAUCUUUGCUGUCCACCUUCUGCCUCUGCUUUGUUUCUGUUAUGGAAUCUGAACAGACAGAACUUCAAAAUCCCUGCUCUUCAAUUCCGAGAAUCAUCAGACUGUU